ACGUCCAGACGCUUGGUGGCCUCGGGAGGCGCCGUAGUCUCCUCGCAGAAGGAAGGAAGGAAGGUGGCUGUCGAGGAGCUGCUAUGGUGCUGAGUUUCCUGGCAGAGCCGACCGAGUCGAGACGGUCGCGGCCAUGAAGGCAGGUGCCACAUCCAUGUGGGCUUCGUGCUGCGGGCUGCUGAAUGAAGUCAUGGGCACUGGAGCCGUCAGGGGCCAGCAGUCGGGGUUCCCGGGGGGCGCUGGCCCGUUCCGAUUCACACCACACUCAGAUUUUUCUGCCUACCCACCGGCACCUGCAGAAGGGCCUAAUAUAGUCUGCAAAGCCUGUGGCCUCUCGUUUUCAGUCUUUAGAAAGAAGCAUGUGUGCUGUGACUGCAAGAAGGAUUUCUGCUCCGUGUGCUCGGUCUCCCAAGAAAACCUCCGCCGCUGCUCCACCUGUCAUCUGCUGCAGGAGACGGCCUUCCAGAGGCCGCAGCUCAUGCGCCUGAAGGUGAAGGACCUGCGGCAGUACCUCACCCUGCGGAACAUCCCCACCGACACCUGCCGCGAGAAGGCGGACCUGGUGGACCUGGUGCUGUGCCACCGCAGACUGGGCUCUGAGGACGACCUGGACACCAGCAGCCUCCACUCCUCCCGCUCCCAGGCUUCCAGCUUUUUUACAGAGUCCCUGCUCUCCCACUACACAGUGCCCUCAGCCACCCAGGCCUCCUUUCCAGGCGAGCUCGCAGAUGGAACUCUGGCACAGGUGCAGAGCGAGGCGGCUUCCGCAAACACGGAGGACGAGGACGAGGAGGAGGAGGAGGACGACGACGAUGAUGACGACGACGACGAGGAGGAGGAUGAGAACUUGGAGGAGGAGAUGCCUGGGCUCUCCAGGAAGCGGGGCAGAGCCUCCCUGUCCGAUCUGUCCAGCCUGGAGGAGGUGGAGGCCAUGAGCGUGCGCCAGCUCAAGGAGGUCCUGGCGCGCAACUUCGUCAGCUACUCGGGCUGCUGCGAGAAGUGGGAGCUGGUAGAGAAGGUCAGCCGGCUGUACAAGGAGAACGAGGAGAACCAGAAGUCGUAUGGCGAGCGGCUACAGCUGCAGGAUGAGGAGGACGACAGCCUGUGCCGCAUCUGCAUGGAUGCCGUCAUCGACUGCGUCCUGCUCGAGUGCGGACACAUGGUCACCUGCACCAAGUGCGGCAAGCGCAUGAGCGAGUGUCCCAUCUGCCGGCAGUACGUGGUGCGUGCCGUGCAUGUGUUCAAGUCCUAGGCCGCACUGCCCAGCUGGACCCCAAACAUUUCCGUGCACAGAGUGACUGGAAACUCACUGUUCAAAGGCAGAAGCUAUUUUUAAAAAUUAUUUUCAUUACUAAUGGGGACAGGCAAGUUCAUCCUAAGUCGAAGACACACUGGUCGGCACCAUCAGUCUGUGGACACUGGGCCCACGUUCCGUGGGGCUUUCCCUUGUUCCUGGGAGCCCAGACUGCUGAGGUCGGCGUGGUGCCAGCCUGGGGUCCUGGCGCUGGACUCCUUUCCUGCGUGGACAGCACUUGGUGGGGUGAGCGCACUGUCACAGCGGCUGAUGGGGCACGUGCCUCACGUGGCCCUGCGACUUUCCCAUUACUAGUUAUGUGUAUUUUAAAUGCUAACAUUUGAUGAAUGUAAGUUUCCACAUCGUUGCUAUUUCUGCAUUUUAACCUAAUUGGGAACGGAUGUUCCGUAGUCAACUGCCAGGGCCUUAGACUAAAUGUGUCCCUUUCUGUUCAGGUACAGCUUUUUAUAGCAAGGGCUGCCUCUAGCUUCUUACGUUACAAGAGUGAGUGUUAUGUUCUUAUUAAUUAGUGUAUGAUCAGUUUACACUGUUUUGUAGGGUGAAGGUGUAUUUUUUGUGCUACCUGCUAGCUAAUUUCAACUUUAGAAAAUAAAUUCAGAUGUAAAAAAUG